AUGGCUACCACGCAAGACGGAGAUCACGCCCUGGAGCACAGACCCGCGCCCAAGACUGACAGGACCAUGAAGGCGGUUCGAUUCCAUGGCAAGGAAGACCUGCGCUUCGAAGACAUCCCCGAGCCAAAGUGCGGUCCUGGCCAAGUUAAAGUGAAGCCAGCGUGGUGUGGAAUCUGCGGCUCCGACCUGCAUGAAUACAUGGGCGGCCCUUCGCUUUGCCCCGAGUCGAAGCCACACCCACUGACUGGUGAGACUGUCCCUCUGGUGUUUGGGCACGAAUUCGCCGGGGUCAUUGAAGAGGUGGGCGAGGGUGUUGCGGACAGAUGGAAGGUUGGUGGUCGCGUUGUCGUGCUUCCCAUCAUCUACGAUGGCGACUGCGGUGCUUGCCAGGAAGGUCUUGUGAAUUGCUGCUGGAAGAAUGGCUUUCUCGGGCUGAGUGGUUGGGGCGGUGGACUCUCCGAACACAUUGUCGUGCCCGAGUAUACCCUCUACCACUGUCCAGACAACGUGAGCCUCGAUGUUGCGGGUAAGAGUUGCUGCAGGUGUUUUCCCCGAGAUUCGCAACUAACGCUCCCCUGCAGCGCUGGUCGAGCCACUUUCCGUAGGCUGGCAUGCAGUCGAAUCAUCUCCUUUCACCCGAACGGACACCGCACUGGUGCUUGGAGGUGGUCCUAUCGGAUUGUCCGUCAUCCAAGCCCUUCGCGCUCGCGGCUGUUCGCAGAUCAUUUGCUCCGAGGUGAGCGCUGUGCGGAAACAGUUCGCGGCUGAUUUCGGUGCCCACGUCGUACUCGAUCCCACAAAAGACGACGUCGUAGCGCGAUGCCUGGAGUUAACGAAGAACAAAGGAGUGGAUGUGACCUUCGAUGCGGCAGGUGUACAGCCUGGCUUGGAUACCGCAAUCAAUUCCCUAAAAGCACGCGGAACCCAUGUAAACAUUGCCAUCUGGGAGAAGAGGUAAGUCGUAGAAAGAGUUGUUUCACAGUUUGAAGCUCAUGCCCUUCUAGGUGCUCCAUCUGGCCGAACGAUCUUGUAUUCAAGGAGAGGCGGUAUCUGGGCGUGGCAACAUACGUAAAAGGAGACGUGCAAGAAGUCAUUGAUGCGCUGUCCGAUGGCCGAUUGGACUUGGCCCACAAAAUGAUAACCAAGAGGAUCAAGAUGGAUGAGGUGAAGGAGGAGGGAUUCUUGACGCUCAUCAACGACAAGGCCCGCCAAGUCAAGAUCUUAGUGGAAGGUACGGGCGAAAAAUAG